UGGAGUUUUAAGCGUUAGCAUGAGGCUCUGAAGCUGCACAGCAGCAUCGAUUUAUCAUAAUAAAUAAAGAUCGCUUCUUUAUCAGGAACAGAUUUAACUUCACGCUUUAAAAAUGACCACCACCACCACUUUCCAAGGCAUGGACCCGGAGGCCAAGAGCAGCUCCAGAGUGUUGCGUCCACCUGGCGGCGGCUCAAACAUCAGCUUUGGCUCCGAUGAGGACAAGCCUGUUGUCCGCAAGGAUAAAAUGGCUUCCAGUAUCUUUGCGGAGCCGGAGGACCCUCACGCUCAUCGACGGAACAACCCACCAGGUGGAAAGCCCACAGGUGUGCUGUGUGGAGAGCCUUCAGCUCCUCUGAGGAGGUGUGCACCUCCGUCUGGCAAUCAAAACAACAUGCUGGACGAGCCUUCAUCUGCGAAUGGUGACAACAACACAAUGAGUGCUGAGAGCACAGAUGACGUGGAGAGCGGUCAGGAGCAGGUGGAGCAGGCCGCCCCCCCGGGCGAGAUGGCUGUGGCAGGGGUCCCGUCUGGCCGCAGGAAUCCCCCCGGAGGAAAAUCCUCCCUUAUCCUUGGCUGAAAAACGUCGUCCUUCAGCGCCUAGCAUCCAGAGCCAUGUUCACAAAGUAUCUCUCAGCACUGUUCCUGGGUCAGCUUUGCCUUCUCAGUCCACCAUGACCAAACCCAGUGUGAGUGGGGGUGGAUCCCAGUUUGAUCCUCUUAUGCA